AUGACGAAGCGCGAGCUCUCAAUAGCAGCCGGUCGUUGGAUGCUGGAGGAGGGAGCCACAGUCACCAUUGCCGUCGCUAGAGCUGCUGCUGUCGCUGCUGUGAAGCAUGCUUUACAUUAUACUGGUAUAGUCCCUAGUAUGGAACUUGUUAUUUCUGGUAUUAAGACUAGAGAACUAGAACUUAGUACAUCUAAGAAAAUGAGCAAUAAUUUGUUUGUAAAAGGGAAUGCUGAUAAAAGAAAUUAUACUUUAGAUGUUAAAACUGCAUUUCUGCAUGGAGACCUUGAUGAACACAUUUACAUGGUUCAGCCCACUGGUUAUGUCGUUUCUGAAAAAUCUGAUCAUGGGAUAGAGAUUCUAGAAAAUCCACCACUACCUUCUAUUUCACCUUGGGUGGAAACUGCAUCAGCUGAAAGUCUCAGCUGCAGCCACUUCAAAGUAGUGGUUUUCUCAGAUAGCCAAAGUGCCAUCCACCUGUCCAAAAAUCAUGUGUAUCAUGAUCGAACCAAACAUGUGGAUGUGAAGUAUCAUUAUGCAAAGGAAAUGAUAGCCAAUAGAACUGUGGGCAUCCAGAAAGUUUCUACAGCCAACAAUCCUACUGACAUGGGCACCAAGGUGGAGUUUGUUAUAUUUUUGUGA